CACAAGAAGAGUGAUUUUGCGUUUACGUGUAUUGUUUUAUUUUUGCAAAUUAUGGGAAAUUAAGUGAAAUUGCGCUAUUAUUACAAUACAAUUACAAUGGCUACAUUGAUCCAAUCUUAUGAGCAACAGUACUCUGUUCUUACAGCUGAUAUUACAGCUAAAAUAGGACGUUUGAAAAUAGCUACUGAAGAAAACCGAGAUCAACUUUCAAAAGAAAUUCAGUCAAAUUUUGAGGAGGCCAAUGACUUGUUGGAGCAACUGGAGCUGGAAUGCCGUGGGUCGGGCGCCGGGUCGCGGGUGGAGGCCUACCGCGCCGAGCUGAAGCGGGUGCGCGACGAGUACCGCUCUGUACUCACUAACAGUGCCACGUAUAACAUGGACACAGAAGAGUCAUUCGACGACUGGGGUGGCGCCAACGAGCAGCGACAGAAGCUUCUAGACAACACGGAGCGUUUGGAGCGCACUGGCAAGACCCUCACUGAGGGGUAUCGUGUGGUGUUGGAGACUGAGCAGAUAGGCGCCGCUGUGCUGCAAGACCUCAGUGGACAGAGAGAAACCUUACAGCGCUCCAGAGGACGGCUCCGCGAAACAGACGAGCAACUGAACAGAUCAUCGCGUCUCAUCAACUCGAUGAUGGUGCGCGCGCUGCAGGACAGGUUCAUCCUCGUGAUGGUGUUCCUGGUGGUGGGGGUGUUGUUGUGUUUGGGGCUCUACUUCUACGUCACAUAGCCGGGGUGAGCCCAGUUUUAUUUGUCUAUGGUCACUGUGAACACAGUACUCUAUUGUUACGGGCCAAAGGGGCGGGGGGAGGGGUCAAUUGCAGUUUUGAGGAAAUAUAAAAGUGAAUGUUUUCAUCAAUAAUCAUGCCAUAAUCCCACAAAAUGAAUUAUAGGUUUUCCGUUUACACAGUUAUCUAAAAUGGCACGGAACUGGCCCCGAUUCUUGCAGACACCUCCUAAUUUUGCUUUAUUAUACCUGUCAUUUUCUUAUCCGCCGAAAACGACGGAUGAUUGAAUUAAUGAAUAACCCGGGCGAAUCAAAAAGGCAUGUCGCUGGUAUGUAUUUUGGAUAUAAAAAUAUCACGUUAAAAAUUAUCGCGUUCACGGUAAUGAUAUGAACUUAAAGGUUGUCAAAGAACUACCAACCCCCUUAAACUUUUCCAAAUCAAUUGCCAAUAACUAUAAUAAUUUUGGUUCUUAAUAAAAAGCCGAUUUAAAGGCAAAAUGUGAUUAUAAAUAGUAAAUACUGCAUUCCAUUGCAAAAGUGAUGUUGAAUUCAUUCUGGUGUUUAGUUUAAGAAUUUUAAUUUGACCCAACAUCUUAGCGUUAAAAAUGCCACAUCGAAGCAAUUCAUCUAAAAAAGUGAUAUUGCUAUUUGACAUUUUGUUGACAUUGCGCACUUACUUUUAACCCUUUAACCAUUGAUGGUUCAUAAUAGGUAAUAUGACACCUUGGAAUCGGAACGUCAUUAGACGUUCUGUCCUUGAAAGUGUUAAUAUUGCUUUUUACAUGAAUUACUUCAAUGUGCCCUUUUCAGACCCCUUAUCUCAGUUUGAGGCUUUAUUUCAUUGUUAAGUAUAUUUUAUGUGUAAUCAAUUUGGUAUUAACAAGGCGGAUGCUAUAAAUAUUAUGUUAAAUCGGCGUACAAUGACUAAAUAAUAAUAAAAGGACUUCACAGAGAGAGUUUAACA